AUGAAUGCAAAUAAUACAGAAGGAAGAUAUUUGUUAAUAAUAUAUGAAAAAGUAUUUAAAAUAAUUUAUACAAAGCAUUUAAAAGGCAAUAAAGAUGAGAUCUCUAAAACCCCAUGCUUGUUUAUUUACCGAGAGACUGGGAAGUGCUCCGAAAAGUUAAUAUAUAAAGAUAGUAUUCGAAAAAACAGUAAAAAGUUUGGUACGCUAUUAAAUGAAUUAAUAGUUGAUAAUAUAAUAGGUACAAUAGAAGUCCAUAACGAAUUAUUUUUAUUUGUUUGUGAAAAAUGGAAAUUGUUAUGUAAAUUUUUUUAUUUAAAUAAAUAUAGAAAUAUAUAUAAAAUUGAAAGGGUGCAAUAUAUACCAUAUAAUAUAAAUCUCUUCUCUAUGAAUACAACAAUAAAUAAUUUCCUUAAUAUUGAUGAUAAUUCAACGAGUUUUUUUAUUAACAGUUCAAAAAAUAAUGAAGAUAUAAAUAAGAAAUUUGAAGUUGUAAAUUCGGACCAGGUGAAGGAUAUAUAUGCUAAUAUUAAAGGUUUAGAUGAAAAUCAAAAGAAUUUACAAAAUAGGAGAGGAGAUACUAACAAUGAUGGAAAAUACGAGAGUGACUCAUUAAGUACUUCAAAUAGAAUAAAUAAUAAUGAAAUAAAAUUAGACAAAUUUGAAAAUAGCGGAAUUAUAAUUGCAAAUGAAGAACCAACUAACCCUUAUCGUUUUAGUAAUGAUAUAUAUAAAAUAGACGAUCAAAAUAUAUGUAAUAAAUAUUUUAUGGAUAAAAUAAAUAAAUCUAAUGAUGAUAUAAAUAAUAAGAAUAAAAUAGAAUAUAUUGAAAAUUUAGAAAUUGUAGAAAACACUACUGAACGAAAAAUAUACGGCAAUAACUAUGAAGAUAAUCAAAAUAAUUUUAGUAAAAAAGAAGAAAAAAAUAAGAAGCUGCUAAACUUUAAUACAGCAAAAAAAUGGUUAACAAAUCAGUUUAAUAAUAAAAAUAUACUGAACAUAAUUUCAGAUAUAACGAAUUAUGACAAUAAAAAUAUGAGUGGAAUUGAAAAGGCUCCCUUGGGAGUUCAACAAGAAGGUAAUAAUGAAAACCAACUUAAUACUAACCAAACAAAUUCACAAAAAAUGAGCACAAGUACACACAUUCUUGAUGAUAAUGCAAUGUUACUUGAUCUUAUGAAUGACAAAAAUGAAUAUAAUUUAGUAAAUGAAAAUACGUGGAAUAAUAAUAUGGGAAUAGAACCAAAUGAUGCCAAUGUCAAAUGUUUUGAUAUUAAUGAGUAUGAAUAUGUAUAUGAUACUAACAAGAAAAAUGAUUUAAAUUAUGAUAAUGAAAUAAAAAAUGACAAAAAAAAAAAUGGUGAUUCGAACAUAUUGAUCGAUCUAGAUGAUGAUAAGACUCAUGAAACUUGUUUUAACGAAAAUAAGGGUGAUGAAAAAGAGCAUAAAAAUCUUAUACCCUCAUUUAAUGAUGAGGGAAAAAAUGAAAAUAUAAUCGACAAGCCAUACGAUACUAAUAGUGUUGAGGACACCCAAAAAAGUAGUGAAAAACAAAACAAAUGCAAAGGUGGUGAAAGUGUUAAAACUGUUAAUGGGGAUAUUAAAGAUUUGAUAAACACCUAUUAUUUUAAUGCUAGUAAUUAUGAUGAUAUUGACAAAAGAGAUCCAUAUUUUAUGGAUAUUAAAAGUGAAAAUACAGAACAUAUGAAAAAUGAAGAAGAUAAAUUAAUUUUAAAAAUGGAUAUCCCAAAGAUAUUAAAAAUGAUUCAAAAAAUAUUAUGUACACAUAUGUAUUAUUCAUACGAUUUUGAUCUAACUCAGUGUAUUCAAAAAAAAAGAAGAAAAAAUAUUGAAGAGAAAGAGAGGGCUCCUUUAUUACAUCAUUAUUCUUCCUUAAAUAUAAGAAAAAGUUUUUUAAAAAUAUGUGAAAAAAAGUUUAUAUGGAACUAUCAAAUGAUUAAAAAAAUAAAAAGCAGAUGUAAAAUUGAUGAUAAUUGGUUUUGCCCAGUUAUUCAAGGUUAUAUAUCUUAUACAUCUAUCGAAAUGAAUAAAAAACGUGUAGAACUAUUUUUAAUAAGUCGAAGAUCUUCGAUGUUAGGAGGUACAAGAUUUAAUAAAAGAGGUAUAAAUGAUGAUGGACAUGUAGCUAAUUUUGUUGAAUCAGAACAAAUUAUUAGAAUUGAUAAUAGAGAUAAUAUGACAUACAGAAGCCGAUUCGAUAAGGUCGAUGUGGAUAGUUAUGUUAAAAAAAAUGACGGGCCUAAAGAUAAUCAAAAUGAUGAAGUAAAAAUGAAUAAGAUAUCCAGCCCAAAAGGAAUAGAUGCAAAAAAAUAUGAAGGAAAAGAAAUUGAAAUGAAGUGUUUUAAUAAUUCCCUAAUUGAUAAUAGUAACAAUCAGGAAAUUAUCAGCAAAAGCGAUAUAAGCGAAAGGGAAAUGAAACCUGCAAGAAUGAGCAUAUGCAGAAAUAUUAUAAAUAAGCAUAUAUAUAAAAAACCUAUCGAAAUAGAUAGAAAUAAAUGUAUAAACAAUCUUUUGAAUUUUGAAAAUCGGAUUAUUUCGUUAGUUCAAAUAAGAGGUUCAAUACCAUUAUUUUGGAAACAACAUUCUAUGUCAUCCCAUGUGAAUAUUGAAAGAUCAUCGUUACUAAGUAUUAAAGCAUUUAAAGAGCAUAACAAAAAAUUAAUACAUAAUUAUGGUAAUAAUAUAUAUUAUAUAAAUUUAUUAAGUCAAAAUAAAAAUAAUGAAAAAAAAUUAACAAAAAAAUUAAUUGAAUUAAUGAAUUGUGUUAAAAAAGAUGAUACUUAUAAAGAAAAAGAUUUUCUAAAUUAUAUAGAAUAUGAUUUUCAUAUUUCAGUUAAAAAUAAAAGUUUUGAUGAUGCAAUGGAUAGUUUUAUAAAUAAUGUUUUAUUAAAACAAAUAAAAAAUGUUUCAUUUUUUGUUGAACCAGUAAAUAAUGAAAAUAGUAGGAAUCAAAAAAGUACAGAUACUUGUAGUAAACCUAAUGAAUCAUAUAUUUUUCAAGAUGGCGUUUUUCGAACGAAUUGUUUGGAUUGUUUAGAUAGAACAAAUGUUUUUCAAUACUACUAUUCUUUGUUUUUUAUUUUAUAUAUUUUAAAUGUUUCGAAAAAUGAUAAAUUCUUAAAGCCUGUUAAAAAAUCAAGUAUUAAUUUUCCAAAAAAUGCAAGUAGUAUAUUUAGUAACAAUGAAUUGGUAACUAUAUUAAGUUCAAUGGAGAUGGAUAAUUACUUGAUUGAACCAACAGACAGAAUUCCAUCAGAUAAAUUGUAUGAAUAUAACAGCAAUGCAUAUUCUUCGGGUCAUGGCUCAAGCCAAUUGAAUAGUACCAAUAAUUCUAAUUUAAGUAAUAGUGGUGUAGCUAAAAAAAAAAACAAUAACGAAAGUAGUGGCCAUAGUGCUGUUAGCUUUUUAUUAGAAAGAUUUAAUUAUAUUAGCACAGGAGGAUCAAAUAAUGAAAAUUCCAAUAAAGGAAAUGAAGAAAAUAAAAAUCAAAACAAUACAAAUUUAAGUCCUGCAAAUAUGAAUGAUACAUAUAAUGUAGCAAACCGAAUUGAUAAAGGAUAUAGAGCAGAACAAAAUGAUGAAUAUGUAUAUGUAUUAAAACAUUUAUUUAAAAAGAUGUGGGUGGAAAAUGGUGAUAUUAUAAGUACACAUUAUACGGGUACAGGUAGCGUUUUUUCGUCUCAAAUAAAUGUUGGUCGAUCAUCAAUUACUACUAAUAUUGAUCAUGCUAUUAAAUCAAUUGAAAGAUUUUAUCAAAAUAAUUUUGAAGAUAAUUUUAGGCAAGAAUGUAUAGACAUAAUUUUAUGUGUAGGUAAAUAUAGUAAUAAAAAUAAAAGAAGAAAUUAUUUAAUUGGAGGAGAUUAUAAUUAUUUAUUAAAUUAUAAUAAUUUUAUAAAUAUGGAUAAUUUUAUCAAGUUAUGUAAUAAAAAUCCAUAUUUUUCUAUUCCUCAUUUGUAUCAAAGCAUGAAUAAUAAUAAAGAUAAAAGUCAAAUUAAUGGCAUAACUGAAAAUUCGAAUAAAUCCAUUAAUAGCGAUGGUUAUAUAUCUCUAAAGGCAAAAAUAGGAGGCCUUUUAAAAAGCAAAUUUGAUAAAACUAAGAAAAAACGAAGAUUUAGAAUUCGAUUAUCUGAACGAUUAAGAAGAAAGUAUUAUUCAAAAUCGAUUAAAUCGAUUCAGAAUAGGAAUAAAGACAAAAGUGAUAGCAAUUCUAAAAGUGAUGAAAAAUGGUUAUUAAAAAAUAAUACUCCUAAAGACACUGAAUUGGGAAAAAGAAAUAAGCUUAAUGAAAAAACCAAUGGUGCAAAUAAUGUUUUAAUAAGAGAAGGAAAGAAAAAGACACAUAAAAAAAGUGCAUUAAGUAGUGGAACUAGUAUUAUUAAAAAAGAAAAUGAGCAACAUGAUGAUGAAAAGCUAAACCACACAAUUGUGAAAAAAAAUGAAAAACGUAAGAAAAAUGUAAAUCAUAGUAAUAACAAUAUAGGUGGUAAUAAUAAUAAAACAGGAAAGGAAAGAAAAAAACACAAAAGCAAUUUAAUAUAUGUAAAAAAUUUAUAUAAAAAAAGGAAUUUUAUAUAUAGUUUGAAGAAUAAAAAUAAAUUUGGAGAUUUACUAAGUCAUGAUUUGAUAAAUCAAUAUUAUAUGAAUAAUGAAGAUUCAAAAUUUACGCAAAAUCAUAUAAAAAGUAAAAAUAAAAAUUACAACUAUGAAGAAAAAAUAAUCAAAUUAUGGACAGGAACAUGGAAUUUAUGUGGAAGUGAUAUAUAUGAAUUAAAUGAUAUAUCUUCAUGGUUACAUGAAAAUAAUGAAUAUGUUGAUAUGUAUGUAUUUUGCUUUCAAGAGGUUGUUGAAUUAACUGGAUUUAGAAUUUUAAUGAACAUGAAAGAUACAUUUAGGGAAAAAAAAAUAGAACAAAAAAUUACACAAACUUUAGCAGAAAUUUCACAAAGACAAAAAGAAAUGUAUUUAAAAAGUCAAGGCCAUCAUAAUGAAAGUUAUUUUAUAGAUGAAAAUACUUCAAAAAAUGAAAACAAUACAGAAUCAAACAAGGAUUAUUUUUACGAUAGCUAUAUAAAAGAGGAUAGAAAACUUAAACAUAACGAAACAAAUGAAAACGAUAAAAAUGAUGACAAUUUAGAUAUUCUUGAUAUAUCUAAAAGUGCAUUUUUAAAUAGUUGUUUUAAUAAUUUAAAUAAGGAAAAUAACGAAGGCAAUAAUAAUGAUAAUAAUUCAUAUAAUAUGAACAAUAAUAAAAAUUAUGAAUUUCCAAAUGAUUAUAAUUUUGUCGAUAGUGAUUUGAUUUCUAAAGAGAAUAAAAGUGAUCAUGUUGGUAGCGGUAAUUUGAAAGGAGAUAAUAAUUUUCUUAAGCAUGAUGAAAAUAAUACAUUUUUAACACAAAGCUUAAAAGGAAGUGGCACAAGAUUUAGUCGUAGUGUAAAUGAAAUAUUUGAGGAUAAUUCCUCAUUAGGUUUAACCAAAGAUAUAGAUAUUUUAAACUCUGAUAAAAAUGAUAGCAAUUUUUUUAGUAAUAAUGAAAAUUUAACUAAUUAUAAGGGCUCACAAAGUAGUAGUAUAUAUACUAAUGCCCAAGGAGAAUUUGGAACAAAUAAUAAUAAGCUCGAUAAGGAAAUGAAUGUAUUUAAAAGCUAUAAACAAAAUGAUGAGGAUAUAACAAAAUCAAGUGCUAAUAGUAGGUUUGUAAAUGUCAAUCACAAUUUUGAUGAUAAUAAAAAAAUGUGUAUAAACAGAAAUAUGAAUACCAAUGAUAGUUGCAGCAAUAUAAAAAAUACAUGUAGUGGCAAAGAUUCUAGCCAAAUGGGAAAACAACAUGAUAUGAAAAAAGGUAGUAACACAAGUAGUAAUAUCAGAAAAAAUAAUGAUAUGAAACAUGAGAAGUUUGCAAAAAAUAGCCAAAAUUGUAAUAAUAACAAUAAUAAUAAAUACUUUUUUAAUCUAAAAAAAUUUAAAUAUGUAAAAUUAAAAUCAGUAUCCAUGAUAGGAUUAUUUAUCAUAAUUUUUAUUGAUGAAGGUUUAGUUGAUCAUAUAAGAGAACUUGAUGUUUGCAAAGUAAAAGUUGGGUUAAAGGGGAAUACAGGUAAUAAAGGAAGUGUAUCUGUUAAAUUUAGAUUGGGCUUUAAUUCAUUUUGCUUUAACAACGUUCAUUUGGCACCAGGACAAACUAACAUUUUUGAAAGGAAUAGUCAAAUGCAAAGUAUAUUAAGUAAUAGUUUUCAAAGCAAUAGUUUUCAAACCCAAGAAUUAAAUAAUAUAUUUAAUUUUGAUUAUUUUUUUGCUUGUGGGGACUUUAACUUUAGAAUUAAUAAAAAUCAGGAAGAAGUUUUUAAACUCAUUUCAAAUAAAAAUAUUACCCAAUUGUUGAAUUAUGACCAAUUUAUAUAUAAUAAGAUUUAUAAUAUUUUACCCUUUUGUUUAUUUUAUGAAAGCCAAAUUACAUUUAACCCAACUUACAAAUAUAAAAAAAAUUCAAACAUAUAUGAUGUUAGAAGAAUCCCAGCAUGGUGCGACCGAGUAUUGCUUAGUGGAAAAUUAAUACAGUUGUCUGAAUUGGAGAAAAAAAGAAAGGAAUUUAUAGAUACUAAAAUGAAAUGCGAGCAGGAUAGCCCAGAUAAUAAUAUAGAGAAUAGUAUUAGCAAAAUUUUGACUAACAAAGAGGUGAAUAAUGAUAACGAAAUUAAUGAUUUUUAUUAUAAUGAUAGAAUAUAUUUCAAACAUAUGAAUUAUAAGACCCAUAAUAAUUUCUUUUCAAGUGACCAUAAGCCUGUUAGUGCAAUUAUAGAAUUAAAAGUUUUUUUUGAUAAAAAAGAUAUUGAAUAUAAAUCGAAUAGUUCAUAUAGUAUUACAGGAAAUAGCGAGUUCAAUCGUUUCACCAAAAAUUCUAGCAACACAAGUAAUAGCAGUAAUAAUAAAAAUAAUAAUUUGCUAGAUUAUUUUUUCCCAAACAAUUAUGGUAUAAGCAAAUAUACUAGCUAUCCAAUAUCACAAAUUUUAAAUUACUCUAAUAAUAAUAAUAAUAACAGUAAUAAUAAUAGUAAUAAUGAUAGCAAAUCAAAAAGUGAGGUGAAUGAAAAUAGUUUUCAACAAACUCCUAUUUCCAAAACCGAUCCAAUUGACGAAUAUACCAUUUUCAAAUAA